AUGGCGUUGAUGGAGCUCCGUCUCCUGGCACUGGCCUUGUGGGUUGGUGUUGGAGUAAAAGUCCAAGUUCGAGGUGACCAGAUGAAGCCAGCCUGGGGACCUCUGAUCCCUCAUCGGCCUUUUAUUGUAGUGUGGAACGCUCCUACUGAGUCCUGCCGCCUUCGAUUCAAGGUGGACCUAGAUCUCAGCGUUUUCGACAUUGUAGCGAACCUCAACGAAACCCUAAGCGGACCAAAUGUCACCAUAUUCUACCACAGCCACUUGGGAUACUACCCGUACUACUCCAACUCCGGGGUCCCUGUCAACGGUGGACUGCCGCAGAACCAGAGCAUCUCCAAACACCUGAGCAAGGCCCGGGCCGACAUUGACAAGCUAAUUCCCCACAAAGAUUUUCGAGGCCUGGGUGUCAUUGACUGGGAGAACUGGAGGCCUCAGUGGGUCCGAAACUGGGGCUCCAAGGACAUCUACCGCAACAAGUCCAAGGAACAGAUCCGGAAACUUCACCCAAACUGGCCUGAGAGCAAGGUGGAGAAGGAAGCAAAGGAAAGUUUUGAGAGGGCGGGGCAAGCCUUCAUGAACCUGACCUUAGCCCUGGCUGAAGGUCGCAGGCCGGACGGGCUGUGGGGGUUUUACCUUUUCCCAGACUGCUACAACUAUGGGUAUAAGCAGUACCCACAACGGUACACCGGCGAAUGCCCCAACGUUGAACACGUACGCAACGACCAUCUAAUGUGGCUUUGGAAGGAGACCACGGCCCUCUACCCAUCCAUCUACCUGGACUACGAGCUCAAGUCCUCCUCCAACACUGUCAAGUUUGUCCACUAUCGAGUCAAGGAAGCCAUGAGGAUCGCGUCCAUCGCCCGUACCGGCUUCACAUUGCCUGUGUUUGUCUAUUCCAGACCUUUCUACGCCUAUACCUUUGUGGUUCUUUCAGAGAGUGACCUGAUUCACACCAUUGGGGAGAGUGCUGCCUUGGGAGUGUCAGGUGUCGUCCUCUGGGGAUCGUCAGAAUAUGCUCGAUCACAGAGGAACUGCUUAACAGUGAAGAAGUACAUUGAUGGUCCACUGGGACAUUAUGUCAUCAACGUCACCUCUGCUGCCAAGCUGUGCAGCAAAGCACUUUGCAAGAAGAACGGGAGGUGCGUCCGCAAGAGCCUUGACUCAGGUGCUUACCUGCACCUGAAUCCACGCUUCUUCCACAUCCACCGCAACCCGGCGCCCAGGGGCCCCCGCUUCCACGUCAGUGGUCACCUCAACAACCACGACAUCCUGGACAUGAAACACAAGUUCACCUGCAACUGCUACCAGGGCUGGACAGGCAUUUACUGCGAGAUGCCCCAGGCUCCACCUCCUCCUCCUCCUCCUCCUCCCCCACCUCAGCCCGCCAUCCCUCUGCCUCACCCCAGGGAGAACAGCCUGCUGGGAGAUAUCUUGCUCCUCUUAUCCCUCCAUUUCUCCUGUCUCUGUAUCAUCAUGUUCCUGGGACUCUGUCUGAUUAUAAAGUGUCUGAUACUGUAG